AGCAUUCUUUGAGUCCGAGCGUCAGUUCCUCUGCAGAUCAGCGUUCCAUCUCCACAGGCUUCAGUCUGCUUCACUCCACAGCUCAUUGUUGCUGAAGUUUUAUCUCAGCCUCUCCAGCCUGCAGAACUCCAGCCUCUUUAAGCUCCAAAGCCUGGCCUCCAGAAUGGAGUCUGCUACAACAGAACUGCCCUUCCUGCUGUCCAAUCAGUCGUCAGAGAGCUGCUCCAUGGACUCAAUGACAGAAAACACCUUGUUUGGCUGCUUCUAUAUCCUGGUUUUCUUUCUGGCUCUGAACGGUAACAGCCUCGCUCUCUGGAUCUUCUUCCAUCAGCGAGGCUCUUCCUCUCCAGCUAACAUCUUCCUGAUUCACCUGGCUGUGGCAGACUUAUCCUACGUGAUCAUCCUCCCCCUGAGGGCCACCUACCACCUCACUGGAGGUCACUGGCCCUUUGGUGAGGUGCCCUGCAGAGUGGCUGGCUUCUUGUUUUAUGUCAACAUGUACGCCAGUUUGUACUUCCUGGCUUGUGUGGCCGGGGAUCGCUACCUGGCUGUAGUUCACGCCGUGAGGUCGCUGAAGGUCCGCCGUGCUCGCUAUGCUCAUAUUAUCAGCUUCUCUCUGUGGGCCCUGGUUACAGUCUCAAUGGCGCCGCUGCUGAUCACUCACCAGACUGCAGAGGUGGACGGCGUGACGGUGUGUUUGCAGCUGUACAGAGAGAAGGCCACGCGCAAUGCACUCAUCUCACUGGCAGUGGCCUUUACCCCACCUUUCCUUGCCACCUUGUCCUGUUACCUCCUCAUCAUUCACAGCCUGCGCCAAGGCUCCAGGCUAGAACCGGCGCUCAAAAUGAGGGCUCUGCGCACCAUUGGUUUAGUCAUGCUCAUCUACGUGGUCUGUUUCCUGCCUUAUCACGUGAGCAGGGCCACGUUUAUCCUGGGCUACAACCAUCCCGACAUCUCCUGCCAAACACGCAGAGGUCUGAGCUUGGCCAACCGCCUCACCUCCUCUCUCACCUGCCUGAACGGCACCAUGGACCCGCUGGUUUACCUGUUUGGAGCAGAGAAGUUCCGUGGCACUCUAAUGCGAUUAUUCUGCAAAGAUAGGGCGGGUGUUUCAGGGGCAACAAGCGGGGAGUUAAAGGGAACUCAUGAGAGCUCUGUGAGCGCCAAGUCAGAGUUUUGAGGAAGAGAAACUGAAACUUGAUCUUUGGCAUUGCCGUUUCAUGCAGCACAAGCUAAACCCUGCGUGACUAUCAGAUACCAGCUUUCAGAAUGAGUUCCCUUACCUUUGAUUCAAGUCUUGGUCCACCAGACCUGCACAGGGGCCCUGAGGGCAAUAAGAGCUUACAACAGUGGCAACAGUGGAUUUUCUGUCAAAACUUUUAAGAUAUGGCCUUGGUUGUGGUUCUCUAUGACACUACACAGGAUAAAACAACUAAUUUUCAGGGCUUAUAGCUCCUUAAACCCUAAAACUGCCAGAUCAGGCUACAAUCAUGCUAACAAUAUGAAGUUUGACCUUGACGUGAAAGACACAUGCCAAUUUCAGACCAAAGAUUUGCGACGAGACGAGUCUAACGUUGCCUGUGACAGGCCACUCUGCAACGUUCUUAAAGCUGACCAGUUCACACCGCUGUGAGGAGGUGAGACACUGCAUUACUACAGCAAAAACAAACACUGUCCCAGUUUCUCACUGUUUUUGUAUCCAUAUGUGUCUGAACACAAAAAAGUUUUGCCAGCUCUUUCUUGUAUUGACCAUAUCUACUGAGAAUUUUAGUUUUUACACGGUACCUCUAAAUGAACAAAUAUUUGUUGCCAUUUAGGCUUUCAAAACGAGAUUCCCAUUUCCUGCUUGCAAUAUCUUGCAACUACCUUUCUGCUAAGCUAAUUGCAGGUAACAUCAUUGAUGACCUGAUUCGAGCUAUGACGGCUCAUUUGGGACAAAUGCAACCGUUGCCAGUGACGUUCUAAAUUGGCCUUGUAGCGUCACAAACGUUUGGUCUGAACUGGUCUUAAGUUCUUAUGUAGUCUUUGCCCAGUUAUUAGCUGUCAUCAUGUUGGUUUUAGCACCAUUUUUAUUUAUUCUAAAGAACAGAGUAGCUCCUGCCGUAAAAGUCUACAAGACCCUACCACCUGUUACCAUCAAGAGCUUUCAACAGCAGAAAAUGCAGGUCCUAAAACAUACAUUUUCCAGAAACCCAAGAUGGAGACUGCACUUCUUACUCCAUUCCCUACAGGCUUCCUGUUUAUGUUAAAUGUACCAUGUACAAAGUUGUAUGUUUGCUAUAAGUAUAUUAUAUCCUAUACUAGAUUUGAUUACUGCUCAUUUGUUGACUUUAUUAUGUCGUUUUUAAUACAGACUUGUUUUUUUUUGGUUUGUUUGUUUGCUCUCUAUGCAUCAGUGAACUUUUGGCGUCUCCACCAGCAAGUCCAGUUUGAAACAUGGCAAAGACUAUUGACUGGAUGGAGCUGAAGUUGUAAAUAUUUAUGUUAAAGAUUUUAAUUUGUCUCAUUUCUUGAUUUGUGACCCUGUUCGCUGAAUACCACACCCUUUAUACACUCUGAAGUUCACAGAAGCAUGUUGGUUUCAAGGUAAAGACAAUGUUGAAGUGCCUUAAAUCUGUACUCUGUCUAAUGGACUGAUUACAGCAAGGGAGUUGCUUUUCCCCUAAUGGCUUUGCAGCCUUAACUGCUAUUGUCAGGCUUUCCUAAGAGUUAAACAGCUGCUAAAGCCUGUUUGUGACUAGAAACUUCCAUAGGAAACUAUCGACAACAACAGAGGUGUAGUAUGUCCAGCUUCUAAGCCAAAUAUGGCCCCUUAGGGCUCCAAAAAGCAAGACUGCAACAGCCAAAAUCCAACUCAAGGCUUUAAACAAAAGGCCACAAAUCAAUGGAUGACAUUAAUGUGGCCACUUCCUCUUCUUUCAUGCGCUAAAGCUGACGACACUAAUGCACUAAUAAAGAUGUUGCAAUAGAUUAAUUCUGCAUAGUCAAACCCUUUACUGUUUCUUUAACAACAUAUCAGUGUCUCAUUAACUGUGGUGCUUUUAGUCAUAUGGAGGUUCCAGGCAAAGAUAAGCCUAUUCCCCAUUUGGCUUAAAGCAAUCAUAGCUCACCAACAGAAUAUUUAGAAGUAUCUCUUCCCAGACUACAGGAUACACUUGCAUCUGAUACUCAAAUACCCAACAGGACUUCACCAACUCUUACAAGAGCAUCACAACUCAUCACAUCAUAAUAUUUGAACGUCUCUAGGCCAGGUGGAACUUCAGAAUAGAAAACAGAAUAAAAUAGUCUAGUAGUCUAUAUCCGUUCUCCUGCUACAAGUUAUACAUUUUCAUGACUUGAAUGCCAUUUUACCACACAGUAAUCAACCUUUUAUUGUUUCAGUAUGUCUUUGAGCAUCCAUCUCGGUAUAAUUUAAUAGAUAUAAAGAUAUUUAAGGCUUUUUGAGGGAUUUGAACCUUUCAUUUGGGGCCAGGGUCCUCCUAAAGAACUAUUAAUGUCUGUUUAGAUGCUAUUUUAUGCACUUUUUGCCCCUUCUUCAAAUUCAAAACAUGUUUUAAUCAUUGAAAGUAAGAUUUUAGAUGUGUACCUCAUAUUUGAUGCCCACAUAUCAGGACUAUAUUUUAGGCCCCUGGUGAUGACCUUAAUUUAAGAGGUAAUUAGCAAAAGUUAGCAUGCCAACACCAAACUCUGAUUUUAACUUAAACCAUAAUCAUAAUUAUUACUGCAGUGUAAACGAUGCAAAAUAUCACAGACAACAACGCAUCUGUAGAUGUUUGCUUUACAUUAACAAAUUUGUGACUGAAUAUCUCAUUCAAAUGAACAACUUAAGUUAAAUAUACUCAUUUUGGUGAAAAUGUUGUUACAUGCUGUAUUAUUGGGUUUGUUAUGGUGAUAUUUACUUGUAUAUACUAAGCACAUUAUUGUGGGAUAGGAGUAAACUUAUGCCAGUUUUCUAAGAGUCCUGUUUGUAUUUGAAGUCUAGUUUUUUGUAUGAGUUUGUCAAUGGCUUUUACACAUCUCUUGAAGAUGCGUGUAUCAUGUUGACUUUGCCUUUGCUAGACAAAUCUUUACUGUACAUAUAUGCAUUAUUUCUAUGUUCCUAACUCUUUUACGCUAUGCAUUUAUUUUUAUUUUCUGUUUAAUGCUCUUGCACUGUUGCUGUUACUAAAUUAUAAGUGUGUUUUGUUUUUUA